AUGGCACAACAUAUUCCUUCCAGCAAGGGUAUCCUAAUCCUUUCAUUUCCUGAAUUGGUCUGUUCUGAACUGUUCUAUUUACUGUAUUCCAGAACUCUACGGGAGUCUGUGGCAAAGCAAAUCCCAGCACGAGCGCAGCACAGAACAGCACUCAGCCACAUUCCUCAUGCUUACCUGCCCAACAUAGCAGGAUGUCAUCAGCCAUCAUGCCAGGUCUGUCUGUGCGGUGAAAAUGACAAAAAGGAAAAGGAAGUGAAGUAUCGGGUUAAGAAAAGGAGGAAUAUGGAAUGGAAAGUGAAAGAAGAACCUUGCAGUUUUUACCCAUGGGGAAAGAAAGAAAACGGCUCUACCGUGUCUCCGUGUACUCCGUACUACGUGCAUAGUAAGAGACGAUGCGAUCUGAUCUCAUGGGUGGAUGAUGGAUCGAUCGGGUUGGGUAUCCACACAGGCAACGCAACCAGAUCUACCCAUCUAUACCUAAUCUACCUUGGCAGAUCUAGACGACCUAUACCAAGUAAACCAACUGUCACUUCUUAA